AUGGGCAACGGAGCCAAGGCCACAAUGAAGCGCGAGCGCAACCAGAAGGACACCAAGACUGCCAAGUCCCAGACUAAGAGCAACGAGAAGGCCUGCAGCAUUAUGUGCCAGACCUGCCGGCAAACUUUUCUUCAAACCACCAAGGCCCCUGCUCUCCUCGAGCACGCCUCCAACAAGCACAACAAGGGCCUCGCCGACUGCUUCCCCGGCAUCAGCGCAUAA